GAGGAAGGGAAGUUGGUGUGCGUUAAUUUGAAUCUGGAGUAGCGCUAUAUGAGGGGAGAGUCCACGAGGAGCGACUGUGAGGAGUCAGAUUUCAGUGUUUUGGUCCUGGAGGACUGAAGGAGUCUUUGUUUUAGUUGGAACUGCGGGCAGUCCAAGGAAACCGAGAGUGAGUCAGGGGAGAUCGAGACAUUUUAAAGAGUGAGUGAGUGUGUGAGUGACUGUGUGAGUGACUAAGUGAGUGAAGGAUAGAGCGGGUCUCCAACUCUUACCACUAUCACAUUGGAACAAGAAUACUUUUGUGUGGACUUACCAAGACUGAAAAUGACUUCCCGCAUCUCCCUGUGGUCCGUUGGAAUACACCUCACACUGUGGUACUGCCAACUGUCGACUCCAUAUCGCCUUCUGGACGAGGGGGGUUCCCAGGGCCAGAUGGACCUGACAGAGCUGAUCGGCGUUCCUCUCCCCCCCUCCGUCUCCUUCGUCACGGGCUUUGAGGGCUACCCGGCCUACCGUUUCGGGCCCGAUGCCAACGUGGGCCGCCUCACCAAGUCCUUCAUCCCUGACCCCUUCUACCAUGACUUCACCGUGAUCGUCACCGCCAAGCCCACCACGCGGCACGGCGGGGUCCUAUUCGCCAUCACCGAUGCCUACCAACGGGUGGUGCAGCUGGGCGUGGCGUUGAGCCCCGUGGAAGACGGGUCUCAGGAGGUGCUCCUCUACUACACUGACCCGGGGGUCGGGAGCACCCAGGAGGCUGCGAGCUUCAAACUGGCUGACCUGACGGGGAGGUGGGCCCGCUUCACGUUGACGGUGCAGGGGACAGAGGUGCGUCUCUACAUGGACUGUGAGGAGUACCACCGUGUGGCCUUCCAGAGGAGCCCGGAGCCCCUCACCUUCGAGGCCAGCUCAGGCAUCUUCGUGGGCAACGCAGGUGGUACGGGGCUGGACAGGUUUGUGGGUUGUAUCCAGCAGCUGGUUCUGAAGGGAUACCCCACAGCCCAAGAUGACCUGUGUGAAGAGGACGACCCCUAUGCAUCUGGCUAUGGGAGUGGAGACGACUCCUUCGAUGACACAGAAACUCUGGAUGAAGUGAAGAAGGUAGUGGAGGAGAGAGAGUACACCGUGCCAGAGGAACCAUGGGGCACCCCUGUGCGCGCCCCUCCCACAGAGGCAUCUCCCAGUGACGAUGAGGAUGCUGAUGAGAUCUCAGGUCAGGACGUGGAGCUGAAAGUAGAGAGAGGACCAAGUCGGACUGCGGAUGCAGACUACAGACCAAGCAGUGGGACUUCCAGUCAGAAAGGAGAGCAAGGAGAUCCAGGGCCAGCCGGCCCCCCUGGCUCCCCCGGGCCCCCAGGCCCACACAGUCUCUUUAGCAAAGGCCUCUCUCAGGGAUUGCCAGGACCCAGGGGUCCCCAGGGGCCCCCAGGACCAGCAGGAACACCCGGAACACCCGGUAACGACGGCCAGCCAGGCAGUGGAGGGAUAGACGGAAACCCUGGAGAAACUGGAGUUCAGGGAUUCCCAGGCUUGCCAGGAGAUCCUGGUCCCAAAGGAGACAAGGGUGAUUCUGGAGUGGGCAAACCUGGUCCCCCCGGACCUCCUGGACCACCGGGUCGACCAAACUCAUCCAGAUCCCCGGAUGGUGUGGACGGCUCAGGCUUAGAGUACUUUGAUGGAGACACAGAGAUUAUGACAGGUCCACCUGGUUCUCCAGGGCUUCCUGGGCCCCCAGGUUCAUCUGAGGGCCUCUCUGCGUCCCCUGGGGCUCCUGGGGAAAACGGGAAGGAUGGAGAGAUGGGUAAACCUGGACUGCCUGGCGUUGAUGGGAAUGAUGGGUUCCCUGGUCCAGCUGGCGAGAGAGGAGAGAAGGGUGAGCCGGGUCUGAGCGGAACACAUGGACCAAAGGGGGAGCCAGGUGCUGCAGGGUUCCCAGGUCUGCCCGGCUCAGAGGGACCAGAGGGGAAAACAGGUCUGAGGGGGCCCCCUGGGCUACCGGGACCCCCAGGACAGGGCUUCAGCUUGGACCUGGAGGGACCUAUUGACAAACCUGGCCGUCCAGGACCUAAGGGCAAAGACGGGCAGGACGGGCUUCCUGGUGUAGCGUUAAAGGGGGAGCCUGGUGCUCCAGGAGCAGCUGGGGCCUCUGGGCUGGAUGGACUGCCAGGGCAUACAGGAGCGAAGGGGGACCAAGGUGAUAUGGGACCAAAGGGAGAGAGAGGUCAGGACGGUUUCAGUUUCCCCAGCCCUCCAGGACCUCCUGGGUCUUCGGGACCUGUCAUCAACCUCCAGGAUGUCCUGCUCAGAGAUACAGAGGGUGUGUUUAACUUCUCAGGGCUGCUGGAAUCUCAGGGGCUCAGGGGGCCACAGGGUCCAAAGGGUGACUUGGGGAAUCCAGGGACCAUAGGGCCUCCAGGCUUAAAGGGCGAGAAGGGUGAGCCAGGGGCCAUGGUUGCAGCAGACAGGUCUAUGAUGUCUGAACUCACAGGGCCACAGGGCCCCAAAGGGAUCAAGGGCGAUUGUGGUGUUCCUGGGCCAGCUGGAGUUACGGGUCCCAUUGGGCCAGAAGGACCCAAAGGAGAAUAUGGCUAUCCUGGUCGUCCGGGUCGUCCCGGAAUAAUGGGGCAUAAAGGAGACAGAGGAGACGCUGUGGGUGUGUCGGGAUCCCCUGGCCCCCCCGGGCCCCCAGGACGUCCCGGAAUGUUCAACUGCCCCAAAGGAACAGUUUUUCCCAUCCCUCCCAGACCGCACUGCAAAAAGGCCAUAAAUGGCUCUGAGAAUUCAACAAAUGGGGGGCCGGAUUGUCCUUUGUCUGGGACCAAAGGGGACAAGGGGGAGAGGGGCUUCCCUGGGAUGCCUGCCCCGCCACUCACAAUGCUUCCCAAAGGAACUAUGGGGAACAAAGGGGACAAGGGGGAGAAGGGGGAGGCCGGGUUACCGGGCCCACCUGGUAUGCGUGGGACAUCUGGAAUGGUGGGCCCUCAAGGAGAAACUGUUAUGGGGCCCCCUGGCCAUCCAGGCGUUCCGGGGUCUCCAGGUACUCCGGGGUAUGGAAGACCUGGCCCUGAAGGCCCCCAAGGGCCUCCUGGACACCCCGGAGCACCCUCUCCAGCUGUGACCAUCCCUGGACCUCAAGGCCCCCCUGGCCCAGCUGGACCUCCUGGGGCUUCUGCCAUGAUGGAGACAUUUCCUUCCAGCGAGGUCAUGAUGCAAAGGACGAUGAACAGCAGAGAGGGGACCCUGAGCUUCAUCACCACGGGGACAGGCAAACUCUACAUCCGGGUACAAGAGGGAUGGAAGGAGGUCCUGCUUGGUAACUUGAUCUACCGCCCAGUCAAUAUCCCUCUACCUGACACGGCUCAGCCAGGCACCGCCAGAAGAUAUGGGCUCAACCUGGUGGCCCUGAACCAACCCUACACAGGGAACUUCGGUGGCGACGACAUGAUAGACAAGCGGUGCUAUGACCAGGCCAUGGCCAUGGGUCUGCCUGCCAACUACCGAGGCUUCGUAUCCUCAAAAAUCCAGACGAUUAAUAAAGACCUGGUCCCUCAGAGGUUCAGACAGAGCUACCCCAUAACCAACCUCAGGGGGGACAUUUUGUUCAGUAACUACAAGUCUAUCUUCACUGGGGGUGGAGGCAAAUUCCCAUCAAACAUCCCAAUCUACUCCUUCGACGGACGGGACGUAAUGGCAGACCCAUCC